UUAUUCCAGGGUUAUGUGGUUUACCGUGUGCGUGUUAGGAGGGGUGGCAGGAAGAGACCAGUUCCCAAAGGUAUUGUUUACGGUAAGCCAACCAACCAAGGUGUUACUCAAUUGAAGUUUCAACGCAGCAAGAGGUCCGUUGCUGAAGAGCGAGCUGGAAGGAAGUUGGGUGGCCUCAGGGUCCUCAAUUCUUACUGGGUGAAUGAGGACUCAACCUACAAAUAUUUUGAGAUCAUUCUGGUGGAUGUUGCCCACAGUGCUGUAAGAAAUGAUCCAAGAAUUAACUGGCUCUGCAAUCCAGUCCAUAAGCACAGGGAACUUCGUGGCCUCACUUCUGCUGGGAAAAGUAACAGGGGUUUACGUGGCAGAGGACAUCUAUACCACAAUAACCGUCCAUCACGCAGGGCAACCUGGAAGCGAAACAACACCCUUUCUCUUCGUCGUUACCGCUGAUUUUAUUACUGUAUUGUUAUCUUGCUUCAUUUUCUGAAAAUUUGGAGUGCAUUAUAAGACUAUAGGAAAUUAUCAGUUUUGAACGCCUCAUCCUUUUUUCAACCCCGAAUCCCGUUUUAGUAGCUAAACUGGAGAGAUUAAUGAUGUCAGAUUUUUGCUAUUUGUUGGUAUUGUUUGUUAUUGAUUUUGUGGUAC